UCUUGUUUACACUACAAGCCUUGGCCUGGCCUUGGCCUACAUUUUGGCAGUGUAAACACACUUUGGCCUAGCCUUGGCCUGACCUAUAGGCCAGCAAAUCUGGGCCAACUACAACCGGUGCCCAGGUCUGGCCUAGGCUUGUGGGAAUGUUUUACACUUACGGCCCUGGCCUUAUUUUCAUGGCAACGUGCGUCCACAGGGCACAGUGAGAUAUUAUCGGCGAGCGGACAACGCCACAACAGAUAAAAAUACACAAAAUUAAUUACAAAAUUCUAGGCCAAAGUGACCCAUUCUCAAAAAGAUAAUGUUAUGGUGUAAACGCGCAACAUUUACCAAGGCUUGUAAUGUAAACAUGACUUUAGUCAAAGCUGCUAAAACUACCGCUUAUGCGCAGGAUAUAACCGUCGUGGGAACAGACUGUAAACUCAGAAAAUCUUUGGCGGUGUGUGGGCGUCUUUUUUGUCGGAAUACGACGUCUUAUGUCUCAUCUAGUUCACUUCAUUUCGAACGCAAAGCUCUAUUAAUCUAAAUAAAGUUCUAUUUAGAUAUGAAGAUGGACAUAUAUAAAUAUAUUCUAGGGUUUGUUGAAGAAUAUAUUUGCCACAGAACAAUUAUGCCGUGAGCCUAUCGCAUAUUUUUAGGGGUAUAUAUACCAACUUGAGAUAUUACCUUAUGCCUUAUAAUUUAUUCUAUAUAUAAAGUUUAAUUGUGUUAUCAACCUAUAAGGGUUCAAUAACAAUGCAUGCAAGCGUAUUUGACGUUGCAAAUGCAAAACAAAUAAAUUAAAUGCAGUGGGGUACUUAAUAAGCAUCGACACUUAACCACAACUCCAAGCGUAAGCUACCUAUAUAUGAUAGAAAAAAGGAAAUUGUGAGGAAAUUUUUGUUCUUUUUUGUCUUUGAAACCCUCAUGAGUAUCAUUCAUGCUUUGUGUUCUUGCUUAUAUUAUGUCGCCAGUGAAAACCGGGCUUCACACAUUGCAUUUUAAAUAUUCAGUUGAGCAUUGGACAUCACUUAUGAUGCUUUUUACUGAACAUAAUUCGAAAUUAUUCCACAAAUUAAAGUUGCUAUUUUUAGCUAGCCUGCUCAGCAGCUCCGCAUUUGGGCUGAGAGCAGCCGGCUACUUUUUAGCGAAAACCGCAAAUUUAGGGCAUUUUUCGAAUCAUUAGACAUUACGACUUUUACGCAAGACUUUUUACGCACGGCGAAACACGACUUUUCACCCAGUCCCGCCAAAACUCAAACAUAACAGGCGGCAUGCAUUCAAGGCAGGUAAUUGAUGUUCGACACGGAAUGACCCUCAUCAUUAUCCAACCGUCUCAAACAGAUUUUUUUGGGUUUAUGUUCUUUUUUUAUUCGCUGUUUGUAUUUUAAGCACUUAUUAAUUGCCACGACUUUUUACAAAGACUAAUUAGUUUUUCACGCAGAAAGACGUCUUGCACUUUUGUUAGGUUUCCAUCGGCACACAAAUCUGCAGUUACAUGGAACGCACUCGAAUUUCAGGUCAACUGUCAAAGCGAUACAUCCUUCUAGCUAUUUAUGUAUUAAAGGCUAUAAUAACUGAAUUUUUUAAUUACAUGUGCUUUGUAUAUAAAAGAAAGGUCGUAUGGCGAAAUAACAUAUGAUGCUACAUGCACGUGUCGGCAAAAUAUAAAUACUUCCUAUCUUACACGUUCACCAUAAUCCAUGACAACAUAUCAGUAUAUCAGUAGUGUUAUAUAACAGUCACUUCGUUUCCUAUGCCAAACUUGUAUGCAAAUUAUUAUCGUAAUUGUAUAACAUCUCAUCUUACAUCGCGUCAAAAUUGGUAACAACUAGUCCUUGGUCAUUGCCAACGCCGUCGCUACUCGGUUAAACUGCUCAGUUUCGUCAGUGCUGCUGUUACCAAGAAGAAAUGAAUUAAAAUGUUUCAAUACAAACUUUCCAGUUUUGACUGCCAGUGCAGGUUUCCUCACAGUUCUUCCACAGUCGGAAGCUUGUGUUCAAAUCCAACAUUUUUAAAUCUUUUCAAUGUAUUUUUAACGUAAGCCAAAGUCACUACGCACGACAAAAAUGUUUCAUAAUUACAUAUCAAUACUGCAUGGAAACGCCGAAAAUGUUUAAUCCUAGUCGGAUGGAAUUUCGCGGCGGCCUCAUGUUUCAUGCUGUUGUGUUUAUAAAUUUAAACUGAUAACCUUUGCCCAAUAUACUCUGUAGCUGUACUCACAUGAUAAUUCUUAUUCUCUACAUUUACACUAAAAAUACAAGUAGGAAAAUAAAAACUUAACAAGAACGCAAAAAUGAAUGAAAGCAAGAAUGAUUACAUAUUUCAAUAUGCUAGCAGUCACUAUUCACUAACUGCUAUUGCGAUAUGCCCGUACGAAUCAAUCACUUGCCCAUUUCAGCAUUUUAAUCCUGCUUUCGCGUCUAUGACUAUAACAUCUUUAAAAUUUUUCAACGCAUUUUAAGCCAAAGUCACUACGCGCGAACGAAAGUGCAAACCAAAAUCUUUAAUACUAGUCGGAUAGAAUUGCGUGACAUUUGACAUAUAUUACAGUAAAAUGUAGUAAACGGCCAAGCAGCAGAACGUUUUAUACUAAUAACCUUUGCCCAAACCUCAAAUUUACAUGUCUGUAGCAAUAAUAGUCACAUGGUAAUUUGAAUUAUGUAGAUUUACACACUUUAACAAGAACGCAAAAAUAAAUAGUGAAAACAACUAUGAUUGCAUAUUUCAAUAUGCUAGCAGCCACUAUUCGCUAACUGUUUUAGCAAUAUGCCCGCACGCAAAACACUUGCCCAUUUGAUCCAUCUGACAAAUAUUUUUCCAACGGAAAACACGGUGUCCAAUGGAUCCAUUGGAUCCAAUGGACAAUUCGUUUGGCUAUCUCAAUGGCCUUGUAUAUCUACAUGACGUCCAUGUGCUUGUCAUUACGUCAUUGAAAUACAUGGGAAUUCACCAACUGAAAACGCAAAUGUCCGAUGGAAAUUCCACUUGUCCAUUGGAUCCAAUGGACAAACAAAAUUCCAAUGGACAUUUGCAAGUCCAUUGGAUCCAUUGGAUCCAAUGGACAAUUCGUUUGGCUAUCUCAAUGGCCUUGUAUAUCUACAUGACGUCCAUGUGCUUGUCAUUACGUCAUUGAAAUACAUGGCAAUUCACCAACUGAAAACGCAAAUGUCCGAUGGAAAUUCCACUUGUCCAUUGGAUCCAAUGGACAAACAAAAUUCCAAUGGACAUUUGCAAGUCCAUUGGAUCCAUUGGAUCCAAUGGACAAUUCGUUUGGCUAUCUCAAUGGCCUUGUAUAUCUACAUGACGUCCAUGUGCUUGUCAUUACGUCAUUGUAAUACAUGGUAAUUCACCAACUGAAAACGCAAAUGUCCGAUGGAAAUUCCACUUGUCCAUUGGAUCCAAUGGACAAACAAAAUUCCAAUGGACAUUUGCAAGUCCAUUGGAUCCAUUGGAUCCAAUGGACAAUUCGUUUGACUAUCUCAAUGACCUUGUAUAUCUACAUGACGUCCAAGUGCUUGCCAUUACGUCAUUGAAAUACAUGGCAAUUCACCAACUGAAAACGCAAAUGUCCGAUGGAAAUUCCCCUUUUCCAUUGGAUCCAAUGGACAAACAAAAUUCCAAUGGACAUUUCCAAGUCCAUUGGAUCCAUUGGAUCCGAUGGACAAUUCGUUUGGCUAUCUCAAUGGCCUUGUAUAUCUACAUGACGUCCAUGUGCUUGUCAUUACGUCAUUGUAAUACGUCGUAAUUCACCAACUGAAAACGCAAAUGUCCGAUGGAAAUUCCACUUGUCCAUUGGAUCCAAUGGACAAACAAAAUUCCAAUGGACAUUUGCAAGUCCAUUGGAUCCAUUGCAUCCAAUGGACAAUUCGUUUGACUAUCUCAAUGGCCUUGUAUAUCUACAUGACGUCCAUGUGCUUGUCAUUAUGUCAUUGAAAUACGUGGUAAUUCACCAACUGAAAACGCAAAUGUCCGAUGGAAAUUCCAUUGUCCAUUGGAUCCAAUGGACAAACAAAAUUCCAAUGGACAUUUGCAAGUCCAUUGGAUCCAUUGGAUCCAAUGGACAAUUCGUUUGACUAUCUCAAUGACCUUGUAUAUCUACAUGACGUCCAAGUGCUUGCCAUUACGUCAUUGAAAUACAUGGCAAUUCACCAACUGAAAACGCAAAUGUCCGAUGGAAAUUCCCCUUUUCCAUUGGAUCCAAUGGACAAACAAAAUUCCAAUGGACAUUUCCAAGUCCAUUGGAUCCAUUGGAUCCGAUGGACAAUUCGUUUGGCUAUCUCAAUGGCCUUGUAUAUCUACAUGACGUCCAUGUGCUUGUCAUUACGUCAUUGUAAUACGUCGUAAUUCACCAACUGAAAACGCAAAUGUCCGAUGGAAAUUCCACUUGUCCAUUGGAUCCAAUGGACAAACAAAAUUCCAAUGGACAUUUGCAAGUCCAUUGGAUCCAUUGGAUCCAAUGGACAAUUCGUUUGGCUAUCUCAAUGGCCUUGUAUAUCUACAUGACGUCCAUGUGCUUGUCAUUACGUCAUUGAAAUACAUGGUAAUUCACCAACUGAAAACGCAAAUGUCCGAUGGAAAUUCCACUUGUCCAUUGGAUCCAAUGGACAAACAAAAUUCCAUUGGACAUUUGCAAGUCCAUUGGAUCCAAUAUGGACAAUUCAUUUGGCUAUUUCAAUGGCCUUGUAUAUCUACAUGACGUUCAUGUGCUUGUCAUUACGUCAUUGAAAUACAUGGCAAUUCACCAACUGAAAACGCAAAUGUCCGAUGGAAAUUCCACUUGUCCAUUGGAUCCAAUGGAUAAACAAAAUUCCAAUGGACAUUUGCAAGUCCAUUGGAUCCAUUGGAUCCAAUGGACAAUUCGUUUGGCUAUCUCAAUGGCCUUGUAUAUCUACAUGACGUCCAUGUGCUUGUCAUUACGUCAUUGUAAUACAUGGUAAUUCACCAACUGAAAACGCAAAUGUCCGAUGGAAAUUCCACUUGUCCAUUGGAUCCAAUGGACAAACAAAAUUCCAAUGGACAUUUGCAAGUCCAUUGGAUCCAUUGGAUCCAAUGGACAAUUCGUUUGGCUAUCUCAAUGGCCUUGUAUAUCUACAUGACGUCCAUGUGCUUGUCAUUACGUCAUUGUAAUACAUGGUAAUUCACCAACUGAAAACGCAAAUGUCCGAUGGAAAUUCCACUUGUCCAUUGGAUCCAAUGGACAAACAAAAUUCCAAUGGACAUUUGCAAGUCCAUUGGAUCCAAUCCAAUGGACAAUUCGUUUGGCUAUCUCAAUGGCCUUGUAUAUCUACAUGACGUCCAUGUGCUUGUCAUUACGUCAUUGUAAUACAUGGUAAUUCACCAACUGAAAACGCAAAUGUCCGAUGGAAAUUCCACUUGUCCAUUGGAUCCAAUGGACAAACAAAAUUCCAAUGGACAUUUGCAAGUCCAUUGGAUGCAUUGGAUCCAAUGGACAAUUCGUUUGGCUAUCUCAAUGGCCUUGUAUAUCUACAUGACGUCCAUGUGCUUGUCAUUGCGUCAUUGUAAUACAUGGUAAUUCACCAACUGAAAACGCAAAUGUCCGAUGGAAAUUCCACUUGUCCAUUGGAUCCAAUGGACAAACAAAAAUUCCAAUGGACAUUUGCAAGUCCAUUGGAUCCAUUGGAUCCAAUGGACAAUUCGCUUGGCUAUCUCAAUGGCCUUGUAUAUCUACAUGACGUCCAUGUGCUUGUCAUUACGUCAUUGAAAUACAUGGUACUUCACCAACUGAAAACGCAAAUGUCCGAUGGAAAUUCCACUUGUCCAUUGGAUCCAAUUGACAAACAAAAUCCCAAUGGACAUUUGCAAGUCCAUUGGAUCCAUUGGAUCCAAUGGACAAUUCGUUUGGCUAUCUCAAUGGCCUUGUAUAUCUACAUGACAUCCAUGCGCUUGUCAUUACGUAAUUGUAAUACAUGGUAAUUCACCAACUGAAAACGCAAAUGUCCGAUGGAAAUUCCACUUGUCCAUUGGAUCCAAUGGACAAACAAAAUUCCAAUGGACAUUUGCAAGUCCAUUGGAUCCAUUGGAUCCAAUGGACAAUUCGUUUGGCUAUCUCAAUGGCCUUGUAUAUCUACAUGACGUCCAUGUGCUUGUCAUUACGUCAUUGAAAUACAUGGUAAUUCACCAACUGAAAACGCAAAUGUCCGAUGGAAAUUCCACUUGUCCAUUGGAUCCAAUGGACAAACAAAAUUCCAAUGGACAUUUGCAAGUCCAUUGGAUCCAUUGGAUCCAAUGGACAAUUCGUUUGGCUAUCUCAAUGGCCUUGUAUAUCUACAUGACGUCCAUGUGCUUGUCAUUACGUCAUUGUAAUACAUGGUAAUUCACCAACUGAAAACGCAAAUGUCCGAUGGAAAUUCCACUUGUCCAUUGGAUCCAAUGGACAAACAAAAUUCCAAUGGACAUUUGCAAGUCCAUUGGAUGCAUUGGAUCCAAUGGACAAUUCGUUUGGCUAUCUCAAUGGCCUUGUAUAUCUACAUGACGUCCAUGUGCUUGUCAUUGCGUCAUUGUAAUACAUGGUAAUUCACCAACUGAAAACGCAAAUGUCCGAUGGAAAUUCCACUUGUCCAUUGGAUCCAAUGGACACACAAAACUCCAAUGGACAUUUCCAGGUCCAUUGGAUCCAUUGGAUCCAAUGGACACUUUCGUUUGGCUAUCUCACUGGCCUUGUAUCUACAUGAUGUCCAUGUGCUUCUCAUUACAUCACUCAAAUACAUGGUAAUUGACCAACUGAAAAAGCAAAUGUCCGAUGGAAAUUCCACUUGUCCAUUGGAUCCAAUGGACAAACAAAAUUCCAAUGGACAAAUAGAGAUCCAUUUGACAAAUGGAAUGUCCAAUGGCCUUUUCAUUUUUCCAUCGGACAUCUUGCAUGGGUAUUGGACAUUAAUCAUUAACGGACCGCUUGGAAGGAAUUCACGAACAUGUCGUUCAACCAACUAUAUUCGAAGUGAUCACACGUUUAGUACGCAAUUUGAGAAGUUUUGUAAUGUUGAAUUCAACGACUCUACAUUCGACAGCAAGCUUGCAAUGUCUAUAGAGGAUUCUCGCGCAGUGAAUAUCAUGGAAAAUUCUAUCCGACUCCACAACGGACACUAUGAAAUAGCUUUACCUUGGAAAAACUCUCCCCCUCACCUACCAAACAGUCGGCCUCUUGCUGAACAUCGCCUAAAGCUCUUGAAGAAAAGACUUGUGAAGGAUCCUGAUCUAUUUUCCAAGUAUGCUAAAUUCAUGGAUAAUAGCUCGUCGACAAGGGGUUUGCACGAAUGGUGCCAAUUAAUUCACUUCAGCAAUCGGACGGAAAGUUGUGGUACUUGCCUCAUCAUCCAGUUUUCAGUCAGAGUAAACCAGAUAAAAUUCGAGUCGUGUUUGAUUGCGCCGCUGUUUACCACGGGACGUCCCUCAACGACCAACUACUGCAAGGACCCGAUUUAACUAAUAAUCUUGUGGGAGUCUUGAUUCGCUUUCGACAAGAGCCCGUGGCUCUUAUGGCAGACAUUGAGUCAAUGUUUCAUCAAGUCAACGUACGUCAUGAAGACUGCGAUGCUCUUCGCUUCUUAUGGUGGCCAGAAAAUGAUCUUAAUUCCGAACCCAAAGAAUUUCAAAUGCUGGUCCAUUUAUUUUGGGCGACUUCUUCCCCGAGCUGUGCUAACUUCGCAUUGCUUAAAACCGCAGACGACAACUCCGAGCAUUUCGACGCGAAAGUAACGGACACGGUUAGACGCAAUUUUUACGUGGAUGACUGCCUCAAAUCUGUUGGAGACGACAGUCAAGCAACAGUUCUGGCCAGCGAUCUUCGCGAACUCCUUGCCAAAGGUGGAUUCCGCUUGACUAAGUGGGUGUCUAAUUCAUCAAAGGUUGUCGCGUCAUUACCCGAAUCGGAAAGAGCAGCCUCAGUUAAAGAUCUCUGUUUUGACAAGCCAUCCAUUGAACGAGCUCUUGGGGUCCUCUGGGACAUCGGCCGCGAUGAAUUUGGAUUCAGGAUCAAGGUUAAAGAUAACCCUCCAACCGGAAGAGGAAUCCUUUCGAUUAUCAGUUCGGUGUAUGAUCCUCUCGGAUUCGUAUGUCCAUUCGUGUUACUAGCGAAGAUUAUUAUGCAGGAUCUUUGUCGGAAGAAUCUCGGCUGGGACGACCCUAUCCAAUAUGAGCACCUCCUUCGUUGGAAGAACUGGCAAGAAGAAGUUCCCAAAAUUGAACAACUUCGUGUACCCCGAUGUUUCAAGCCUCCAGAGUUCGGUGAAAUUGCCUCAAGUCAAUUGCAUCAUUCUCCCGACGCUUCGCAACGGGGAUAUGGUGCUGUUAGCUAUCUGCGAUUAACAAACCAGAACGCUCAAAUCCACUGCUCGUUCGUGAUGGGUAAAGCAAGAUUAGCACCGCUGAAAGAGACCACGAUCCCUCGUUUGGAAUUAUCCGCAGCCGUAGUCGCAACAAGGCUGGACAAAAUGAUACGUGCGGAGAUUGACAUUCCAAUUGAUACAUCACUAUUCUGGACGGAUAGCACCUGUGUUAUAGGCUACAUCGCUAACGAGGACAAAAGAUUCCAGACGUUUGUCGCAAACCGUGUAGCUAGUAUUCGUGAAGUCAGUUCCCCAUCUCAGUGGAAAUAUGUUUCAACCCAGCUGAAUCCUGCGGACGACGCAUCACGAGGUCUUUCUGCUGAUGAAUUGAUUAGCAACACAAGAUGGUUGAGUGGUCCGGAUUUCUUGUGGAAGUCAGAAACUCAUUGGCCAACUCCACCAAAUGUGCUCGGUGAGAUCCAAGACGAAGAUAUGGAGGUUAAGAGAGAAGUUCAGACGUUCUCUACAGAUACCAUUGCCCACGAGUCCACGCUAGACGCAAUUUUCAAACGCUUCUCAUCGUGGGAACGACUUAAGAAAUUCAUAGCUUGGAUGCUUCGGUAUCGCACGAGCCUACGAGUAACUAGUACAAGGCGUAGAAAUGGAAUAUCGAAACCCGUGGAAAAUCAGAAAUUAAGCCUAUAGUCGUUGAUGAAAUAAUUCAAGCGGAAAAGGAAAUUAUGAGAUACGUACAGCGUAACAAUUUUCAAGAAGAGCUAUCCAUCCUCAGCAAGUCAGUUACACGUGAAGAUGUCGAUGCGAAAAUAGCUUCUGUCAAGAAAUCCAGCCCAAUUCAUAAAUUGGAUCCGAAAUUAUCUGAUAAUCUGUUAUGCGUCGGAGGACGACUAAGGAACGCGCCUAUUCCAUCAGAAACGAAACAUCCCUUUAUUCUACCAAAGAAUCAUCACAUAUCGAUUCUGAUUGCACAAUAUUAUCAUCUGAUUGCUGGACAUUCUGGAUUGGAACACGCUCUGUCCUUGAUGCGAGAAAAGUUCUGGUUGAUUGGAGCAAGAGCCACAUUGCGAAGAGUCCUUAACAAAUGCGUUGAUUGUAGCAAGCGUCAAGCACCGGUUGGAGAACAGAAAAUGGCCGACCUCCCGGAGCACCGAGUGACACCCGACCGACCCCCCUUUACCUUCGUGGGAGUAGACUGCUUCGGCCCUUUCGUGAUAAAACGUGGCAGAAGUCUAGUAAAAAGAUACGGAGUAUUAUUUACAUGUAUGACGAUACGAGCAAUCCACCUUGAAGUCGCCCACAGCCUCGAUACCGAUUCAUUUCUUCAUUCUAUGCGCCGAUUCAUCGCUAGAAGAGGUCCACCAGAAGUCAUGAGAUCAGACAACGGUGGAAAUUUUGUCAGUGGCGAGAAGGAACUCCGCACUGCUGUUGCUGCUUGGAACCAAGAGAAAGUUCAUCAAUUUCUUUUGCAACGUAAUGUGAAGUGGAUCUUUAACCCACCGACGGGCUCCCAUCACGGUGGUGUGUGGGAGCGCUGCAUUCGCACUGUACGUAAGGUUAUGACAGCUCUUCUCAACCAACAAACUCUUGAUGACGAGGGUCUCGUGACGUUGAUGUGCGAAAUAGAAUCCAUAAUAAACAGCAGACCAUUAACGAAAGUGUCGGACGACCCUGAAGACUUAGAAGCACUGACACCAAAUCACUUGUUGCUACUGCGUACAGGCUCUUUGUUGCCGCCUGGAGUCUUUACCAAAGACGAUCUUUAUACUCGUAGAAGAUGGCGCCAAGUACAGUAUCUGGCCGAUGUAUUUUGGCGAAGAUGGAUCAAAGAAUAUCUGCCGAGUUUACAAGAAAGACAGAAAUGGGUCAAGCCACGCAGAAAUUUUGCCCCUGGUGAUAUAGUACUGCUAGUUGAUGAGAAUUCACCAAGAUGUGCCUGGACCCUUGGCCGCAUCCUAGAAGUAAAACCAAACACGAAAGACGGCUUUGUCAGGAUGGUAACCCUAAAAGCGAAGUCUACGAUAUUGGAACGUCCAGUUGAUAAAAUCGUAUUUUUGGAAACUACGACACUCUAUAACGAUACAUAGUUUAAUAACCAUUCGUGUUAACUCUAGUUUAUCGUGGACUUGAUUGAAUCCUUUCGAUCAGUUUAG